GGUGUCUCCUUCAGGAUUUAGCCAGGCCUGUUGUGCCAGUUUACAAGGUCAGAAUUUUGCACGCACGGGCCGGUGCCAGAUUUUUGCCUAUAUAACGGCGUCUUUGGCAAGCGUUGAAAAACGCUACUAAGCGCUACUACCAAGCCAGAACAAGAGUCUCCUGACAUUUUCUGGGAAUCGCAAGAGACCACGUUCGCUCUCCAUACGCAGAGCACAAGUGGAGCGGCCGGAGCAGUGCCCCCCGCGCAGCGCGGAGCCGACUGCCGGCCUGAGGGCAGCCGGGGGCCGGGCAGCAUGUACCAGGGACACAUGCAGGCAGUAGGUGAAACCUUGAAGAAAAAGUGGCUCUGUCUUCAAAAAAGUGACCUGACCUUUGCUUUGGGCAAAGGCGCUAGGGCGGCCGAUAAGGCUGUGGCCAUGGUGAUGAAGGAGAUUCCGAGAGAGGAGUCUGCAGAAGAAAAGCCCCUCCUCACUGUGGCAUCCCAGGGGUGCAGAAGCCAAAAGGAAGCAGAAUCAAGUGAAAAACUGGUGAAUGAGCAACAGGAGAGCAGACCCCUCCUGAGUCCCUCCAUUGAUGACUUUCUCUGUGAAACUAAGCCAGAAGCUGUUGCCAGGCCUGUAACAUCAAAUACUGCAGUAUUAUCAACAGGUCUGGAUCUCUUGGAUCUUAGUGAACCUGUCUCACAAACCCAAAACAAAGCAAAGAAAUCAGAGAAUCCUUCAAGAACUGAAGGCGUAAAAGCUUCAACCCUCAGAAAGAAGACAGAGAAUCCUGACCUGAUCAGUGUGGAUUCUGAGCAGAAAGUCCAGGCUGCCAGAGUUGCAGACAAGUCUUCUCUAGAUUUAGUUGACAUUCAGACACAGAUAGAGAAAUGGGAUGAUGUCAGUUUUCAUGGAGACAGGAGUAGCAAGGCCCACCCUUCUGCAGAGAGAACGUCAUCGUCAUCCAGAGCUCCAUCAAAGGAGAUUUUAUGGUCCACAGAAAACAGAUCACAGUCUGAGCUGGCUAAUGUCAAGAGUGCCUUGGACUCUGAUUCAGCAUCAGAAUUAGAACUUGCACCUGCAAUACAGGUGGGGGAGCAGUGUGGUCACAGGACUUUUUCCUGCUGGAAAAGGAACUCUAAUACCGAGGGCUCUGGCCUGAAGGCACGGUCAAGUAAGGAGCAGCGUUGGGGAACACCUCUUCUCUCCAGAAAUCACUCCUUGGAGGAGGAAUUUGAAAGAGCAAAGGCAGCUGUUGAGUCUGACACAGAGUUUUGGGAUAAGAUGCAAGCAGAGUGGGAAGAAAUGGCUCGCAGAAACUGGAUUUCAGAGAACCAGGAAGCACCAGGGCAAGUCACCAUCUCAACCAUCGAGAAGGGUUAUUAUUUCCACACUGACAAUCCCUUCAAAGACUGGCCUGGUGCAUUUGAGGAAGGACUGAAAAAAAUGAAAGAAGGUGACCUGCCUGUUACAAUCUUGUACCUGGAGGCUGCAAUUCUCCAGGAGCCCAACGAUGCUGAGGCCUGGCAGUUCCUGGGUAUUACACAGGCAGAAAAUGAAAAUGAGCAGGCAGCCAUCGUGGCCCUCCAGAGGUGCUUGGAACUGCAGCCAAACAACCUAAAAGCUCUGAUGGCCUUGGCUGUGAGUUACACCAACACUGGCCACCAACAAGAGGCCUAUCAAGCCCUGAGAAACUGGAUAAAGCAAAAUCCAAAGUACAAGUACAUAGUGAGAAGCAAAAAAGGGUCCCCAGCACUGACAAGGAGGAUGUCUAAGACAGCAGAUGAAAGCUCAUUACUUGAAGAAGUAAAGGAUUUGUACCUGGAGGCUGCUCACCAGAAUGGUGAUAUGAUAGACCCUGACCUGCAGACAGGACUUGGAGUUCUUUUUCACCUGAAUGGAGAAUUUAACAGAGCAAUAGAUGCAUUUAGUGCUGCUUUAACUGUUCGACCAGAGGACUAUACCUUGUGGAACCGCCUUGGGGCAACCUUGGCAAACGGGGACCGCAGUGAGGAAGCUGUGGAAGCCUACACAAGGGCUCUGGAAAUCCAGCCUGGCUUCAUCAGGUCCAGGUACAACCUGGGGAUAAGCUGCAUCAACCUAGGGGCAUACAGAGAGGCUGUCAGCAACUUCCUCACUGCUCUCAGUUUGCAAAGGAAAAGCAGGAAUCAGCAGAAUGUUCCCCACCCUGCUCUAUCAGGCAAUAUUUGGGCUGCACUUCGGAUUGCUCUGUCUAUGAUGGACCAGCCAGAACUAUUCCAAGCUGCCAAUGUGGGUGAUCUAGACAUUCUCUUAAGAGCUUUUAAUCUAGAGCCGUAAUAAAAAGGAUUCACAAAUUGAUUAAAUUGUAUUAGGAAACAGAGAACUUUUUUAUUACUCAUCCCCAAAUGACCACAUUUUCCAAAAGCUCAUGACUGUAGAUCAGUAGGGGAAUUCCUUCAGACAUUAUUCAUAAAGGGAAAGUUCAAAAGCACAAAAAUUGUGUAAAUAAAUUCAAAGUCAAAGGGUUGAAAUGAGCUGUGGCUAAUCGGACAAAGCCCUGAACUAGAUGAAAUAGCAAUUUCUGAAGAAUCUCCAUCCCAUGCAAGCUAUAUCUCUCUAUAUACAUACAGCUGUAAAAAGAAAAGUAUCUUAAGAAGAAACCUAGAUAAUGGUUAUUGCACCUUAGAGUGGCAAGCAGUGCAUCCAAGGAACCUGCUUAGUAGCUCAUUGCACUAUGCUGACACCACUUUGCCCCACAGUGGGGAUUCCCUAUCCUUUGGUUUCUUUGAUGAAAAAUCUUCACAAAGUCCAUUUUUAACACAGCUCUGAAAAUAGAUACAUGUAAAAGGGAUGUGUUUUGUUUUGAAUGUAUUUAUUAGCUGGCAAUCAGUGUUUUGCUUCCAAAGGUACCUGGAUUAAUUUGGGCCCAGUUCUGCAGGCUCAUAAUCCAUGUGCAGUGUCAGGAGGAGCACAGUCCAUGCAGGGCUACGGGCUGAGGCCAGGUACAUUUGGGGAAGCCAGGUGUUGCCAGCAGAAGAGGCAAUUUGCACUGGAAUUGUUGCUGUUCAAACCAGCUGUCCUUGAUCUGGGACAGUCUGAAGGAGCUCAUGGCAGGGUCUGCACCUUUCUGUGUACUUAAUGCACUUUAAUCUUUCUUUUUGUAAAAUAGUGCUAUGCUUUUCUUUUAGUCACCAACAAUGGAAUGUACAGGAUGGCCUUGUUGGCAGAGAGGACCAAAUAUAAUUUCCUGAAAUGUAAUGAGAGGAUUCUCAAUAUUUUUAUGUUUAAAAAUGCAAAUACAGUAUAAACUGCAUUAACAGCUAGAAAGAUUAUUAUAUGCAUCCAUCAGGUACUGCACAUAUACAUGCAUGUGCAUGCACAUACAUGUUGAAUGCAAAUGAUGUCAUUUCAGAACAUAAAAAGCUACAGAUCUUUGUUGCAAAUGAAGAAAAAUAUUUGUAGGGGUUACUGUCUGCAGACCAUGCUCAAGGGAAAACUUUCCCUAAAGAAAUUGGUCUGUACAAUGCUUAUAGGGUUGAGAUCAAGGCUCCAUCCUGCUGUUAUGGCAAAGAGCAGCAAAAGUCUCCACGACCUCCAUGGUACCAGAGAAAAUCCUUAGAUAGCACCAGUAUGUGUGGCUGCUCACAAAUGUGUGCAUAAACACACUAUUUUCAUUUUCCCUGGCUGGAUGAAUGGGGAGCAGGGUUGGGGCAGUACCAAUCCCUGAUGAAUGGAUUGAUUCAGCUACAAUCAAACACAUUUAGCUCUGGGUGAAUGUGUCAAUCAAAGAAGGCAGAGAGAUUUUUAGGAGGUGAUUUUCAGUUGCUGAUAUUUUAAAUAUUUUUCCUGAAUAGCAAAAGAUAAAAAGUGUUAUUGGAUGUGUUGAUCUGUGGUCAGGAAUUCAAUUUGCAGAGUAGCUAUGGGAAUGUGUUAAAGUGGGACAAAUAGCACAUUUCCUAUAAACAACAUUAGAAGAAAAAUCCAGCUCAGAGGUCUAAAAAAAGAAAUCCAACUGCACAGAUCACAGAGAAAGAUGCUCUGUGGGAGUUGGACAGUUUCACCAGUACAAACCUAAAGUUUCUUGCAGCUGUCUGUUAUUUUGAGCCACCACUUAAAGGAAAAUUCCAUGUUAAGACAGUGUAAUCACUGCAUCUAAUCACCAUCUAUAGGUUGUUAAAUACAAAUAAUUGUCAUUAGGAAAAUAAAAGUCUUACUCCUCACUCUCUCCCACUGAGUAGAGAUGACAAAACAGCCACCAAAAUUUUUUGAGAGUGCUGUAUUAAUGCCUUGUUUACACAUAUAUUCCUGUUUACCUAUCAGGUGUUUCAUAACUGAUUCCUGCAGCUUUCUCUGAGGAUGAGAGUGCUGGGAAUGUCACUUUGGCUAAGUGGGCUGCUGUGUGCAUAUCUGCUGACAACAGUUUGCUCUUUUGCUUUGACAGCGAUGUGUGAUGACAGCUCUUUAUUGAUAAGGCAGAGCAGAAGGUGCAGUGCAAUUGAAUCUGGGAAGUGAUAAGAGAGAAGGGAGGCAGCUUUGAGAAGAGGCUGUAAAGCAAAGGCAUAUGUGCUUAGGUUUUGCUUGAUGCCCUGCCAUCACACAACUUCUUCUAGGAUAUCCUUUGUGCUGGGGUGUAGGAUAAUCAGUGCUUAUGCAGAGGAAUUAGCUGUUCAGGGACUUUAUUUUUGUAUCUUUGAAAUUAACAACAACAACAACAACAAACUAUUUCUCAGAGUCAGAAUGACAAGGGGUAUUUGAUUCUUGUGGCAGUUUAGUAAACAUCUCCUCCAGCCUGUGGAUGAGUAAUACAGAAACCAUUAGGAAAAUGUUAUGCAAGUCCAAUCCUCUCCAAAAAGAACAGACUAAGUAGGUAGCUCUUGGUUUAUCCUGGGAUGUACUGCUGAAAACUGCAUUUAUCUGCUGACACAUGUCCACGCCCAUGGGACUGGCAGGGGCUGUGUGUGUAACCUUGAGACAGCUCAGCAGGGCUGGACUGUGCCCUCCUGGCAGGCUGAGCCCCCAGCCCAUCCCAGCUCUGAUCCCAGCUGCUCUCUCUGCUGUAGUUAGCCUGUGUGCCACUGACAGGCUAAAGCAGGGCAGAUGAGAGGGGACAGGGGCACAUCUCACACAGCUCUGGUCACUGUGGGGCAGUGCCUGGAGACUGAGCUCACCUCACUCUAACAGGUCAAGCCCAGCAACUUUUGGGACUUCUGGGCAUUCCUUGGGAUCCUGGGCUUUAUCAUCCUCCUUCAGCCCCCUCUGCCAAGCACUGCCAGUGCAGCAGGCAGGAUUAGAGACAGCUUUGAGCUGACCUCCUCUUGGCUUUCCUUAAAUAUUCAGGACAAGUUUGUAUAUUUGCCUGAAACAGCAAGAGGAAACAUGUGAGGAGGCUGCAGCAUAUUAACAACCUGAAUAGAAAAUUCAUCUCCUUGUGCUUCUAACCAAGCAUGAGGUGGGAUAAAGAUAAAUAAGGCGGGUGCUGAACAGUAGCAGAUUGAGCCUGAGAGUGAGAGACAGCAAAUCUGGGUCCUGUUCUCAGCACUCCCUGGGAGCUCGACCAAGCCAAAGCCUCCUGCCAUCCCUGGCCUGCCCAGGUGUGCAAGGAGGGAAGGAAGAUGGGAACGGCAUUCCUGGCACUCCCUGGGAGCAGGGGGCAAUCACUGCCUCACACUGCAGGGGCCAGGUACCCCUCCCCUGGGCAGGAAGGUGACACAAACACAAGGGUGCUCAGGUCUAGGGAAGCAGCUUCACACAGAAACUACUGAUUUCAGCAGAGGAGAGACUCGGGCAUUUCAGGAUGCUGUGGAGCAUCCAUGAGGUGAGGCCCAGUUAGAGUGCUGCAAUGGUGUAUCACCAUGUCCCACUCCUCUUUCCCUUUCUUGUUACUCCUCUCUUUUUCCAGAAGUGAUUGAUCACUGCCAGGCAACUGAUUCCAAGUUUUUGAACCUUUUUUUCCCCUAUUUUAUAUUUCAUGCAAUUAAA